AGAGAGAGAGAGGAAGGGAGGGAGAGAUAAAUACACACACACACUCACACACACAUACACACACACAGCAGAGACCAGAGAGCCACAGUCAACAAGAAGUGUGAGAGAGGAGAGAGAGAGAGAGAGUUAGACGGUGCAAAAGUGACAGAGGAGCUAGAUUUGCAGUUUGCGGAGUAGGACUAAUAAGCCACCGGUGGAAGGUUGCUCCAGAGGAAUCAGAGUGACCAAAGGUAUCGAGGACCCCCUCUCCCCUCGGAGAGAGAGCGCGGGAGAGAGAGACACACAACUUCUGGAGCGAUGGACCCGUCUCUGUCCACCGACGUCGAUGGAGAACCAAAGGAGAGGAAGAAGAUCCACUUUGCCGACCCGUCCACUGCACCCACCAACCUCGACCCCCGGCAGGUGGAGAUGAUACGUCGUCGAAGGCCUACUCCAGCAACUCUCUUCAGAGUAGCAGACCAGGGAUCUCCUGAUGAGGAUCAAUCCACUCACCAGUGGGUCGUAGGUGAGAAUGGAGUGCUCAAGCCAAAACGUGUCAAUCCAAACGUGUACCAGCCGCCAUCACUUAGAGCUGUGCAGAAGAUGGCAGAAGCCCAAAUGCAGCACUUAGGGAUCUACCCUCCAAUGGAAAACCCUUACGAAGGGGAAGAGUAUGACGACUACAGGGGGAGAGAGGAAGGAGGGGCAUCCUCUCUCAAGAAGGCUACUGGUCAUCAAGUGACGUUCGCCAGCGACCAAUCAGAGGAGGUUUCUAAAGUGACGGCCAUCAGCAGGCAGGUCCAAGCAGAGGAAGAUGAAGAGGAAGAAGAGAAAGAAGAGACAGGGGAAGAAGGAGCCACAGUCGGUAACAGUGAAGAAACAUUGUGGAUGGAGAAGAACAACGGGGGGCUGUAACUGAAGUAAUUAAAUAAUCGACCAAUGAGAGCAAGUGGUUGUUUUAUAAGGAAACUAUACUCUAAAGUCAAACAGUAGGGGAGAGAUAAUAAAAAUUAUGCUGUCAUGUGCAUGCCUUGAUGUGGAGUGGAGUGUGUGCACAAUGGAAACCGUGGAAGGACAAAUAAGAGUAUAAUAAGAGUAAAAUGGCUGAACAGCCAUUCAUUUAUAUAGAGACAGACACAGAGAGAGAGAGAGAGAGAGAGAGAGAGAGAGAGAGAGAGAGAGAGAGAGAGAGAGAGAGAGAGAGAGAGAGAGAGGCUAAAGCAGAAUGGGAUCUUUGUGUGUGUGUAUGCAGAGUUGCACUUAAUGCAAAGGUGAAGAAUGAUCCUUCGCCACUGACACUAUGCAGAGAAGACUACAGACCCCCCCCCCCCCCCCCCCCCCCGCCCACCACACCACACCCCACCCCACUCUAUCCCUCACCACCUCACCAUCACCCUGGCUACCCAUUUGCCCUUGUCUCUGAAGCAGUUGAUAAAGGUCCAUUUGACCAAACUUUUUACUGGAACACAAGUUCUCUCUUUCAUGUUUCCAGUCCAAUGUCCUCACUUUUUUUGAUCAGUGUUCUCAAUGUGCCCUUUAUAGGAAGUGAACCCACCGAGGAUAAGUGGAGACAUGCAAUGAGGUUGAAAACGGCAUCUUACAGCCUUGGAAAUGUUGGUUUGGUGUGUCUUCCUCUGUGUGUUGGGUGCUGUCCUAGAUCAACUGAUUUGCAUAAUGACGUUCCGUUAGAUAGGUCUACUUCACGUGUAGUGGGCCCUUGAAUGGAAUCUGUGCAUAUUUUGCCAUCUAGUGGUGAAAAAUUGGUUUUACAGCUUUCUCGGCCACUACUGUGGUGGGAAUGGGUUAUAAUUAAUUGGGUUUAGUUGAGAUAUGUCACUAAGCUAUAAUAUUUGUAUGUGUUGAAAAUGUAUGUUCACGAGUGUCCUAUUACCUAUAUCCUUUCAAUUUAUUCUUGCAUUAUUUGAAUAACAUCUCAAAAAUCAGAACUGGCUACCUCUUUUUUCAAGAUUCCCCCAUUUGACUACUCAUCUUGACUAACGAGACUGUUUUGGCAAAAGUGAUGCAUUGUUAACAAAUUCAAACGUCUCUUACCAAUAUAAGUAAUACUAAUGAGUGAUAAUGAGUACAUUUUUUGAGGCUGUAUGUAAGCCAUCUAUUGUAUUGUAAGAGCAUAUUUUUCUAAUGUAACUCACUGUUUCUAUAGAAUUUGUAGCCAUUGUUCAGUGUGACCUACCAAUAUCCUGCUCAAAUUAGCAAGCCCUUUUUUGCUGCACAACUGGCAUUAGAGCACUGUGUUUUCUUUUUUGUUGCUUGCAAAAAUGUAGCCUAAGACAAAAAUAAUGACAUUUUGUAUCUCUGUUAUUACCGGUUACUUUAGCUUGAGAUUGUAGUUCAUGUGGACAUCCGACAGGUGUACUUUCCUUGGCUCUGACGCGGCAAAGCUCAAACUUUACCUCUCACUUUUAAUUCUCUCUCCAUUUCCUUCUCUUAUGGUAUGAAGACAAGCAUGUCAAGACAAGAAUUAUUUCUGUUUAUUUGUCUUUAUUUUAACCUUUUUUCUGUUUCCUUUCCUCCUUGUUAUUUCAUUGUUUUAACACAAUUAUAAAUAAACAAUGUCCUUGUUCCUCUUGAAA